AUGGAAGUAGGAAGAUCAAGACCUAGAGGAAGGCUCAAGAUAAUGUGGAUAAAUGUGAUAACGGCGGAUAUGAGAAAAAUGAAUCUUACAAAUUUAUCUGGGAGAGUGGUAGUAUUAACUGGAGCUGCAAAUGGAAUAGGAAAGCAUUUAGCUUUACAAUUCGCUAAAAAGAAUGCGACCUUAAUUAUAACCGAUAAGAACCAAAUACAAUUAAUCAAAGUUAAAAAUUUAUGCGAAAAAGAAGGUUGCAAAGUUUUAAUCAUGGAUGUUACGUAUCAAGGAUCCCCGGAAAAGGCUAAAAAUUUUAUUAAAAUAAUUGAAUCCAAAAUUCAAAAAAUUGAUUACUUGAUUCUCAAUCACGCUGAAUUUCAGGAAUUUUCAUUAUGGGAAGAUUUAAAAAAUUUUGAACUCGUUACCAAACUAUUCAACUCUAACUUUUUCUCUUACAUAUAUUUGAUAACCUAUGCCAUGCCAAUGUUAGAAGUUUCAAAUGGAAGAAUAAUCAUCAUGUCAUCUUUAGUAGGAAAAGUUCCUCACCCCUAUUUAUCCUUAUAUGGGGCCACGAAGUUUGCUCUGGAUGGUUUUUUUGGUUCACUAAAACGAGAAUUGAUUCUUGCGAAUAAAAAUGUAAAUGUUACCUUUAUAUACCUAGGAUCAAUAAAUACAAAACAAGCCUUAGCAAACAUCGAAACCUUUAGGAAUGGUAAACUCAAAAGACUGAUUAGUAUCAAAGAUUACAUCGACGAUUAUCAAGCUGGUUUUAGGGUCAGAGGGAAUGGGGUGUUAAACAGAUGCCUAUACUAUUCGGAUUUAUAG